UUUCAGCGCACCCAACCCGCUGCUUCCAUCCCUGGUAUGUUCAGACUCUCCGCGCGCCCUCCACCGGCUUGAAUGACGCGGACGCCGGAGAGCUGUUCCUGUUACCGUAACAUGUGGCGCUGUGGAACGGUCGCUGACAGCCGGAGCUAGUGUGGAACGACCGCAGGGACUGCACAGCGGCAACGGGAUCUCACACCGAGUCGCCUGGAGAUGAGUCCGGGGCUCACGAUGUGCCUGCAUGAAGCCAUCUCGGCUCUCAGCCCUCCCUAAUACUGUUGCGGCGACACCGAAGACCCCCCUCAGUCCCAGGACACCUCCGGGACUCAUCCAGUUCAUCCUCUGCAGAUAUCAGCCGCUGAUCAAUCCGAAGCCGCUCUCUCUAUUGGGCUUUUCCUUUUACAGACUCUCGCUUCAGACACAGAUUACUCUCUGAUCUGAUGCUGAAUCCCGAUACGCCAACUAAGACCAUCAUGGACCUCUGACGGAAACGUCAGAACUCAUCCACAUUAAAAUGUGUCAACAGAAAUCGUGACACUCCUUAUUUGUCUCCUUUCUGGGAUUUCCCUCUGUUGGUUGGAAACCGAAGCCAUAGCGUGUCUGUCAUUGAGAAAGAACUCCUUGUUAUGAGGGGAUCUGAGGCCAAAAAGACUGAGAGCUACCGCAAUUUUUAUGCUCAGCUUGUCUACAAUAGACCUGGGCUGUGGCAGGAAAGAUUUUCAAGUUUGCAAGAUUUAACAUAAGUUGUUGGAGGUUGAGAUAGAGAAAAAAACAGUUUGGCCCCUGAGAUUAAAAAGUUGAGCCUGGUGCAAUCUUCAGGUUUCUUCUGCCUUCAUUCCCUGAUCUGAGCUGCCCAGUGCGGAGCAGCGUGCUUUCCAGAUGCUGCCAUGCCCAUCAUCAGCAACGCCAACCAUGACUUCAGCAAUCUGUCCAUCAGCGACGACAGUAGCCUCGACCGCAUCUUCACAGAGAUCCCUGAGACGGAGACCAUCAAGGGCGUGUACUACAAGAGGGCUCAGUUCAUCCGUCGGCCAGAGGACCUGGUGUCCAUCGACCACGCCCUACUGGCGGUGAUCAACGUUGGGGGAAACCGCUACACCUUCCCCUGGACCACCCUGGAGCAGUUCCCUUCGCGACUCGGCCGCCUCCGCGGCUGCCGAUCACCGGAGGACAUCGCCAGGGUCUGCGACGACUAUGACGAAGCCCGCAAGGAGUUCUUCUUCGACCGCUCGCCAUCCGCCUUCAGGAUCAUACUUAACUUCCUGGCUGCAGGGAAACUGCGCCUGCUGCGGGAGAUGUGCGUCCUCUCCCUGCACGACGAGCUGACCUACUGGGGGGUGGAGAUAACGUACAUGGAGCGCUGCUGUAAGAGGAAGAUGUACACGCGCAUCGAGGAGAUGAACGAGCUGGAGCGUUACGAGGAGGAGUGCAGGCAGAGGAACGCCAUGCAGCGGGUGCCGGUGGAGGAGACGAGGUCCAAGAAGGUGAUGAACUGGCUGAGAGACAUGGUGGAGAAUCCGCAGUCCGGCUUACCGGGGAAGAUCUUUGCCUGCCUGUCUGUGAUCAUGGUUGCGGUGACUGUCAUCAGCUUGUGUAUCAGCACCAUGCCCGACCUCAGAGAGGAAGAGGACCGGGGUGAGUGUUCAUCUAAGUGCUACAACAUGUUCAUCAUAGAGACAGUGUGUGUGGCCUGGUUCACCCUGGAGUUCCUCCUGCGGUUCAUUCAGGCCCGCCGCAAGCUGGAAUUCCUCCGCGGGCCGCUCAACAUCAUCGACGCCAUGGCCAUCCUUCCCUACUACGUCUCCCUGGUGGUGUCAGAGGACGACCCCUCCAUGGAUCACGAGAAGCCAGGAGGAGGUAAGGGCUACUUGGACAAGCUGAGCCUGGUGCUGAGGACUCUGCGGGCGCUGAGGAUCCUCUACGUGAUGCGUCUGGCUCGCCACUCCCUCGGCCUGCAGACGCUGGGGCUGACGGUCAGGCGCAGCACCCGGGAGUUUGGCCUCCUCUUGCUUUUUCUCUGCGUGGCCGUCACCCUCUUCUCCCCGCUGGUCCACUUGGCUGAGAGCGAGCUCACGGGCACCCAUGACUUCAGCAGCAUCCCGGCCUCCUACUGGUGGGCCAUCAUCUCAAUGACGACCGUGGGCUACGGCGACAUGGUGCCCAGGUCCAUUCCAGGUCAGGUAGUGGCGCUGAGCAGCAUCCUCAGCGGGAUCCUCAUCAUGGCCUUCCCCGCGACCUCCAUCUUCCACAUGUUCUCCCGCUCCUACCAGGAGCUCAAGACGGAGCACGACCGCUUGUUCAAAGAGGAGUGCGCGGCGGCGGCCGCGGCUGCCGCUGCCGCCUCCGAGGAGCUGCAGGAGGUGGGAGGUGGAGGAGGGGAGCAGAACUCAUCGGGGCUGGGAUUGCUUCUAGACAAGGGCAGUGGGCACUCGCUGGAGUCUCUUGCUCUGUUCGGGAAAGGUGGCGACGCUGCAGGAAAUAACCACAGCUUGCCACCUGCAGCUUUCUGAACUGUACUGACUGACCCGAGAAGAUACGAGUCCAUUCUGCGUUGCAUACAAUAAGUACUGCAAAUGACUCUUGCUCCAAUGGCCUUGCCUCCUAUGUGGUUAUGAUCUGUGUUGCACUGGAUUUAAAGGAGAUCCAACAGACGGCAUUUAUUUUGCUCUGCUGAGAACAAGUGUGCACACCGUGGCUGCACAGAAACAGAAAGACUUUAAACCCUUUAAAUUGGACGGUCCAGUUUGUCUGACCAGAAAGCCUCCGCAGCAAUAUUAGUAACCAGCUGCUUCCAUAAACAUGCAAUAUUCAAUCCAAAGUUGCUUUUCCUUGCACUGUGAAAAUACUUAGAAGCCCAACUGCAACUUUGAGUUUUAUUCUACUUUUAAAUAUAUUGCCUAUACAGUAUGACCUGAAAAUGUGUCUCAUACUAAAUACUCUUCUACUUUUCUGUCAUCAAUUCAAAGACGUGCUCCUCUUAGUUUUUCUUUUGAAUAGCUUAAAGCCAUGUUCUGAGAAGAUAAACAAACUGAUGGCCCAUAUGAACCAUCUCUAUAUCUCUUAUACGUUUGAAUGCCUGGACUCAAAGACUCUGCCAUAAACUCAAGGUGAACACUUGCAGAGGUGAUGGUUCAGAUUGUGUUUUUGUUAGUUUUUAAUCAGACGACGAAUGAAGUGAGAGAUUGGAGAGAGAGAGAGAGAGAGAGAGGCUGUGCGAGUGAGAGAGGAUGAGCACUAACAACCAUGACGUGUACUUAGCAAAACUCCAAAUAAAAUCUCUUGUAGCUGCA